CCUCACCAAGGCCGUGGUGCCGCUGCAGCUGCGCGUGUCACGAUACCGAUCCGCAGCAGUGUCAGCGCUGCCGGUCCCGGUGGAGCAGGCAGGAGGAGAGGAACUCGUCCCUGGGGCUGGGGGCUCUAAGGAGAGCUCAGAUGCCGCGUGCGUUCCCGCCGCCGACGUCGUGUCCGUGCCCGCGGGAGCAGCCGGCUCCCUUCCCCCCCCCGCUGCCUCGGCCCCGGCGGCACAAGCCCUUCCCGGCGCCGCCGCGGACGGCGCCUUCGCUCCUGCGGCUCCGGGCGCCUUUGCCCCGGGCGCAGGGGCUGCCCUGGUCCCAGCUCCAGCAGAUCCCGGCUCUCCUGGCGCCGUGGGGCUGGAGUUUGUCCCCAUGGCAGCACCAGCAGAUCCCCAGGCCCAGCACACGGCGGCUUUGCAGUUUGCCCCAGCAGAAGGUGCCGGCUUUGCCCCGGCAGCACAUGCUGUGUCCCCGCACGCCGUGGAUCUGGCGUUUGCUCCCACAGCGGAUCCUGCAGCUCAGCACGCCGUGGAUUUGGAGUUUGUCCCCGCAGCGGAUCCUGCAGCUCACCACACUCCAGAUUUGGAAUUUGCCCCCGCAGCGGAUCCUGCAGCUCACCACGCCAUGGAUUUGGAAUUUGCCCCGGGAGCAGAUACUGCAGCUCACCACGCCGUGGAUUUGGACUUUGUCCCCACAGCGGAUCCUGCAGGUCACCACGCUGUAGAUCUGGAAUUUGCCCCAGCAGCAGAUACUGCAGCUCACCACGCUCUGGGUUUGGCCACAGCGGAUCCUGCAGGUCACUACGCCGUGGAUUUGGAGUUUUCCCCCACAGCGGAUCCUGCAGGUGACCACGCUGUGGAUUUGGAAUUUUCCCCCACAGCAGAUCCUGCAGGUCACCACGCCGUGGAUUUGGAGUUUUCCCCCACAGUGGAUCCUGCAGGUGACCACGCCGUGGAUUUGGAGUUUUCCCCCACAGUGGAUCCUGCAGGUGACCACGCCGUGGAUUUGGAGUUUUCCCCCACAGUGGAUCCUGCAGAAGCACCCGCAAGCGCGGAGCAAGAGCUGGAGGUGCCAGAAGCUUGUGCUGAGCUUCCCUCAGAGAAUGGCAGAGACGCCGGGUCGUCUCCCCGCCGCCGGGCAGAGCAUCUCCCAGAAAACUUGGACCAUCUCCGGGAAGCAGCAGCUCCAGUAGAAGCAAAAGAAGCCACAGCACUAGAAAAUAAAGAGCUCCUUCCCGAAAAACCUGUUACUGCUGCGGAUCUUCCUGUUCCAGAGAAACCGGCGGAGGAGGCUGAGCACAACCACAUCCAACACGCAGAACCCCAGCAAGAAGAGCCCCUGCAGGAGAGCACAGCCAAACCAGGAGAGAGCAAAGCGGCGGAGGCGGCGGCAGGGAACGAUAUCAGCCCAGCUCCCAACAAGGAGCUCCCGCCGAGCCCGGAGAAGAAGGCCAAGGUAGGAGCCGCUGCCGGGCCCUGCUCCCUUCCUGCUUUUCCUUUGCAGCUUUUUUGCUUCUUAUGCCUAGAAAAAGAAUUUCAAUAUAUUUCAGGCUUUCGGCUGUUAAAUGCAUUGAAGGAGGGGAGUGAGGGGGCUUUACUGCAGCCUGUUCCUCUGCAGGUUGCAGAUGCGAAGAGCCCGGAGAAGCGGACGUCGCUGUCGAAGCCGCCGUCGUCCGUGACACCUCGAGCGGCCGUCAGGAGCAGCCCGGCCACCCCCAGGACAACCGCAGCGUCCCCGGUGGCUGCGGCGCCGGCCGUGAAAACCACUGCUGCUUCCCCGCCCAAGAGGCCCACGUCAAGACGCGGAGGGGAAGAGGCUUCUCCCCCGACCAGCUGGGCCGUUGGCAGAGGACAGCGAGGGAACGGGGAGCACGGUGGAGAUGAGGUCAGCCGGAGAAAUCCCACCGGCAACGUCCCGUCAGGAGCCCAGGCAGUUUUGUCCGGCUCCGGGAACGCGGAGGGGAGCCGGGAAUGGCAGGAGAGGAGUCGUGUUUUGAGGAGGAUGGAACAAGGGGCGACAGAGCGGCCUCCGGAGCUGCCCGGCGGGGGAUCGAGGUGGGCCAACAUCAACAAGGUAGACGAGGUGGAAGAGAGGCCGCCGCGUCCCUCCAGCAGCGUUUCCGCUCCGGACCUGAAAAACGUGCGUUCCAAAAUCGGAUCGACGGAUAACAUUAAGCAUCAGCCCGGCGGAGGGAAGGGGAAAGUAGAGAAAAAGCCCGAGCCGAGCGCUGCCGCGCGGAAGCCUGAACCCAAUGCGGCCUCUAAAAUGGCUCCUGCUAAAACAGCCGUAACAAAAGAGGGGGCCCCCAAGCAGCCCAAUGGGAAAGUCCAGAUAGUCUCCAAAAAAGCGAACUACAGCCAUGUUCAGUCCAAGUGUGGGUCCAAGGACAAUAUUAAGCAUGUCCCUGGAGGUGGGAAUGUGCAGAUCCAGAACAAGAAAGUCGACCUUUCCAAAGUGUCCUCGAAGUGCGGCUCUAAAGCAAAUAUCAAGCAUAAACCAGGGGGAGGAGACGUCAAAAUCGAGAACCAGAAGCUGAACUUCAAGGAGAAGGCCCAGGCCAAAGUGGGGUCCCUGGACAGCGUGGGCCAUUUGCCGGCCGGAGGCGCCGUGAAGGUGCGUGCGGGACCGCGGGGCGCCCGGCGCGGCCCCAUCAGCGGGCGGGAUGGGCCUGUGGGCCGUGCCCGGCUCUCCGGGUUGUUCCUGGAGCGUUUGGUGGCCGCCGGGUGCCCGGGUGCCCCUUGCUGGUGUCGGGGGGUCAUAGAAUCAUAG